UCCCUCAGGCUGCCCUCUGGUACCUCAGUCACCGGGUGACAGCCCCGGGCUGGUGAGGGGAUGUGGGACCUGCUGUCCUCGUUGUCACAGGCUCACCCCGUGCUCAAGGCCUUCUUGUGCGGCUCCCUCAGUGGCACCUGCUCCACUCUCCUCUUCCAACCGCUGGACCUGGUGAAAACCCUACUGCAGGCAGCGCAGCCCACCGCCUCCGGGAGCCGCCCUGGCAUGCUCACCCUGUUCUUCAAAGUUAUUCGUAAUGAAAACUUCUUGGGCCUGUGGAAAGGUGUCACCCCGUCUUUUCUACGUUGUAUCCCCGGAGUCGGCCUGUACUUCAGCACCCUGUAUGCAGCAAAGCAGCGCUUGUUUUCAGAGCGGGAGCCCUCACCUCUUGAGUCUGUGAUGUUGGGUGCGGGGUCCAGGACAGUGGCGGGCGUCUGCAUGCUACCAUUCACAGUUAUUAAGGCUCGUUACGAAAGCGGCACAUACGGCUACAGGAGUGUGUUUGGAGCCAUGAGAAACAUCUACAUAACGGAAGGUCCUCGUGCCCUCUUUAGUGGCCUCACUGCCACUCUCCUGCGCGAUGCCCCUUUCUCUGGGAUCUACCUUAUGUUUUAUAGUCAGGCCAAGAAGCUGGCACCCCACGAGAAAGUUGAUCCAGCUCUUUCUCCUCUCCUUAACUUUGGCUGUGGCAUUAUGGGGGGCAUCAUGGCAUCUGUUGCCACCCAACCUGCUGAUGUCAUCAAGACUCACAUGCAGAUCUCUCGUGAGCGCUACCGCUGGACAGGGCAGGCUGCAGCGUCCAUCUAUCAGAAUCAAGGCCUCACUGGCUUUUUCCGGGGCGGUGUACCCCGUGCCCUACGCCGGACUCUUAUGGCUGCUAUGGCUUGGACUGUGUACGAACAGAUGAUGGAAAAAAUGGGUCUGAAAUCCUGAGUGCAGAAGUCCACAUCUAGCGUUGUUAUACCCUUCGCAUACUCCUGCCUGUGAAGGCAGCGGAUCUUCCCCCUCACAUGCCGUCUCCUCAAGGUGCUGAGCUCAGGGAGACCGAAGCGGGUGGAGCCGACAAUGGAGAAUCCCUGUGAAUUUGGUGAAAGGAAGCUGCAUGGGCAGUGAAUUAGCAGACAGUGCUACUGAUAUUGCACAUAUAUGGGCACUGCUGGGAUGUAACAUGAUUCCAGUUUAAAGCUUGAAUAUUUAUUCUCCCUCUAUAAAUAUAUUAAAUUAUUAUCACAUAGGAUGAUGGUCAGCAGGUGACUCGGAGGCCAUCACUGGACGUGCAUCAGGCAAUUAUAUAUAACGUGCUGCCAGUCUUAUGUAUCUGUGUGCUCUGUGUGGCCCCUUCACUCUCCUCCAUAUCAGCUGGCAAGGAUCAUAUUGAUAUAUAUUUUUAUAACUACAGAUUAUUUUAUAGUGAUUGUUUCCAAAAAUAAAUGUUUUUGAGCUGUU